AUGUCCAUCUCAAGAUGUAGUAAUUGUCAUCAAGAAGGACACAACAAGAGGCGAUGUCCAUUGCUCAAAGAAGCAAAUAAAGCAACUGUUAGUGAAGGGGAUGUUGAAGAAGGGAUUAGUCAAGAUGGGAUUAGUGAAGAUGGGGUCAAUGAAGAUAGGGUCAAGGGAGAUGGGGUUAGUGAAGAUGGAAUUGGUGAAGAAGAGGCUGUUGAAGAAGGCGAUAUUGAAGACCACCAGGAGGAUGAAAUUGAACAACAAGAGGAUGAGAUUGACCAUCAAGAAAAUCAUCACCAUCAGCAUCAACCUGUUUUUUUUCAGCAUUUUGUUGCGAACAAAAGGCGAUUACCUUCUGAGAGGAUCACGAAACUGAAGUUAAGGAAGAAGGUGGUAACAAAAGAUGGAAGUGGGGAAAGUACUGAAAAUCCAGUUACUAUAAACUAG